AUGGAUGAAGUUCUAGCCUCUGCUGCAGUGGAACCCCCCUCAUCAAUUCCAGCGGCCUCUGUGCCCUCGGUUCCAGCUCAGAAUGCACCCUCCCAAUCGGACGUUCCUGAGCCCUCAAAAGGCGUUGUUUCUGCUUCCGGCCGAGUACGCCGUAGAUCCACUUCAUCUAGGUCUUCUAGGUCCAUGAGGUCACUUAGACGCGACAUGUCUCGCUCCUCUUCCCAUUCUUCUGAUCGCUACUACCGCCGUAGCCGUCAUCGCCAUUCUCGUUCAAGAAAUCAAAGUCGAACUAGAAGUCGAUCACGGUCGAAUCGUUUCCGUCAUCGUCGUAGAUCGAGUAGAACACCGUCCUAUCGACCACCCCGCCGCAGGCAGUACGGACGUAUGCGUCGGUUCUCGCCCCAUCGUCCCUAUCGUGGGGGCCGCGGAGCGCCUUACCUCUCCACCUUUCCCCGGCGCAACAGUCAUAGCCCUUUGAAGUGUGCUGGUGGUCUGGCGUCACUUUCUCAGCGGCCUGUCCGACUGUUGCCACCAUCUACAGCGACAAAAACAAUGGGAUCGGGUGGAGGCAGUCCUCUUGCUGGUCGGAUACCGCCACUGAAUGAACGCUUUGAGGGUUUAGUGGAAUCCACUCUGCGACAGCGCCGGCGCGAGUAUGGUGUGCCUGGGGGUCUAGCCUACCUUCUCCUCUCCAACCGUCUCAAAUUGCCUCUUCCCACACUUAUGCGUGAAGCAAAGGAGUUAUCUGUUGUGAUUGAACGCAAUCUUCCACCGGAAGUUGCUGAUCCGACGGCAGAAAUAUCGUUUAAUGUGGAUUUAGGGGUGAACUUUGUCUUUCCUCACCCUCCAAAUGCGGGGACUAAACCCGUCUUUGACCGCGAAGAGAUACCCAUUUUUAAUAAACCGGAAGAUUUGGAGAAGGUCACCGAACGAGCAGCUGCUUCGUUAGCUGCUAUCACGGCCAAUCGUAUGGGUUCUCAUCCGCCGGCCAACACGUACGGAGAGGUGAACACCUACAGUAACGGUAAUGCCAACAAUUUGGAUAGGUCUGAUCGUCUGAGGCGGGGUAGCGCAUUUAGUCACUUGAGCACCUCGAACCCCCUGGAUGUACCGAAAGGGUCUGCCUAUUUCAUGCACGACGACCGCGAUGGACGUCCAUACGGCUGGCGUAGAAGGGACUUCAAUGAGCCCUACUCUCGAGAUAACUGGCGUCAAAGGCGGUUAGAUUACGAGUAUCGCGAAACCGAAGGCUAUCAAGGAGGGACUCGACGCUGGACACGACGCUCAGAUGAGGAAAGAGGGGACCGAAUGGUUGAGAGUGGACGGCGCUGGGGCUACAGGUCAAUGCGCCAUGGUGGUCGUGAGGAGGUGGAGGAGGCGCGAUGGUGUCACGACAAAUUUUUGGAGUUGGAGGGGGAAACCAAUAAUGGGGAUGGCGGUGCCUCGCAUCACUCCUCUCCUUCCACCACGAAUUCACGUCCUGCCCGCCGCGGACCCAACUAA